AUGAUGGUGGGCAAGGCGGAGAUGAGCGCCAUGGAGAUGGAGAAGGUGAUGAGCGACGGAGAGGUGGUGCUCGGCGGCGCCGGCGAGGAGGAGGACGACGUGGUGCUGCCGGGGUACCGGUUCCACCCCACCGACGAGGAGCUCGUCACCUUCUACCUCCGGCGCAAGGUGGCCAAGAAGUCGCUCCGCAUCGAGGUCAUCCGGGAGAUGGACAUCUACAAGCAUGACCCAUGGGAUCUCCCCAAGGCGAGCACGGUUGGUGGGGAGAAAGAGUGGUACUUCUUCUGCCUCAGAGGAAGGAAGUACCGGAACAGCAUCCGGCCCAACCGGGUGACCGGCUCCGGCUUCUGGAAGGCCACCGGCAUCGACCGGCCCAUCUACUCUGCCACCAGCGGCGGCUCGGGCUCGGGCUCCGGCGUGUCGAUCGGGCUGAAGAAGUCGCUCGUCUACUACCGUGGCAGCGCUGGCAAGGGCACCAAGACCGACUGGAUGAUGCACGAGUUCCGCCUCCCGCCGGCCGCCGCGGCGGCCACCAACGCCUCCCCGAGCAUGCAGGAAGCCGAGGUGUGGACCAUCUGCAGGAUCUUCAGGAGGACCAUCACCUACCGGAAGCAGCAGACGUGGAGGCCGGCACCGGCGCCAUCCACCACCAUCACCGCGGCCGACUCGAGCUCCAACACGGGGAGCUUCGAGUCGUCGGAGGGCGGCGACGAGUACAUGAACUGCCUGCAGGCUCCAGCAGCCGCCGCUCCAUACAUCUCCCAGCACCAGCACCCGCAGCAGUACGUCAGUCAGACGGGCACGGUGGACAGCGGCAAUUUCUUCUACAGGGAUACCAUGCACAACCAACAGUUCCAGGAGCAAUGGAACUCUCCGCCUGCCGCGCCGGAGCCGGAGCAGAAACCACUGAACCCAUUAUCGGCGGCCGACUCCUUCCACCAGAAUGAACAUAACCUCACCGUCGCCCCCAACGAUUUCCACAAGGUCGAGGCCCUCGACGGGUAUUUGGAGGAGAUCGCGAGGAUGAUGGAGGUGACUGAUCCGGCAGGGUUUUACGACUACAGAUCAUACGGUUCAUCAGCAGGAAACAGAGGGCCGAGCUUCGUGCGCACCCUCCACUCUUCGGCCCCGUAG